AUGGGUCUCGUCAAGGUCGUGAAGAAUAAGGCCUACUUCAAGAGGUACCAGGUUAAGCUGAAGCGCAGACGUGAGGGAAAGACUGACUACUAUGCCCGCAAGCGUCUGACUGUGCAAGACAAGAACAAGUACAACACUCCCAAGCACCGCGUUAUUGUCCGAUUCACCAACAAAGACAUCAUUGCACAGGUUUUUUGAAACACUUUUUUAAAUUGGAAUUUGAAGUUCUGAAAUUUUUUUUAAAUUUUGUUUGUUCAGAUCGCUUACUCCAAAAUCGAAGGAGACGUUGUUGUCGCUUCUGCGUACGCCCACGAGCUCCCGCGAUACGGCAUCAAGGUCGGAUUGACCAACUAUGCUGCCGCCUACGCUACUGGCCUUCUCCUCGCUCGCCGUCACUUGAAGGCUAUUGGCCUCGACUCCGUCUACAAGGGACAGGAGGAGGUAAAUUUGCUGAUUUCUCAUUUCAUAUAAAAAGUAUGAUUUACAAAGUCUUUCUUUUUGAGUAUAUAUUUUGCUUUUCAGCUCAACGGUGAGGACUACAACGUCGAGCAGGAAGGAGACCGCGCUCCGUUCAAGGCUGUUUUGGACAUCGGCCUUGCUCGCACGACCACCGGAUCCAAGAUCUUCGCCGUCAUGAAGGGAGUCGCUGACGGCGGAAUCAACGUUCCCCACAGGUUGAAAUUAUACGGUCUCUAUUUUUCAAUUUUUUGUUACUUUAGUGAGAACCGAUUCUUCGGAUUCGAUUCUGAAUCCAAGGAAUACAACGCCGAGGCUCACCGUGAUCGCAUCGUCGGAAAGCACGUUGCUGAGUACAUGUCCCUCCUAAAGGACGAGGACGAAGAUGCGUACAAGCGUCAGUUCUCCAGAUUCAUUGCCGCCGGACUUUCCGCUGACAGCCUUGUUUCGGUUAGUUUUUCGCUAUAAUUUAAUCUUUUUUCUAAUAAAAUUUAUUCAUUCAUUCAUUUUUUGUUUUGUUUUUAUUAGUAGUUCAAUUCAAUCUUUUUCACUCAUUUUGUCGUUCGGGUUGGAAUAUCAAUUUAUGCCGUGUUCCAAGUGAUUCUGCGAAAUAAAGAAUAGCCGUCAGAGAAAGAAAAUUAUAACUAAAUUUCGGAAAGUCAGACCAUUCGCGUUCCGCGAAAAUUACUUUGAACACGGAACUAAUAACGUGUAAUUUUUUACCAAAAUGCAUAUUUUUGAAUUUAUGGCUUCUCUAAACUUCAAAAUUUUCAAAGGAUUAUUUCCUAUCGUUGACUGUAUAUAUUCAUUCAAUUUUCUAAUAGUUAUUUUGCAGGUUUACGAGAAAGCCCACGCCGCCAUCCGUGCCGAUCCUAGCCCAGCCAAGAAGAGCGAGAAGAAGGUUACGCCGAAACGGUUUGAUUUAUUUUUGGAGUUUUUCAAUAAUUACCAAACUUUCAGUUACAACGCUAAGCGAAUUACCUACGACGAGAGGAAGCAACGCGUGGCUGACAAGAAGGCUCUUCUCCUCAAGAUUAAAGAGCAGCAAGAUGCGUAA